AUGUUGGGGUUGAAAACAAGUCCUGACGAUAAAGAUAAUAAGACGGGGAAGAAACGGAAUUUACCCUCAUGGAUGAGUUCCAGAGGAGAGGAAAACGAAGAUGGUGAAAACACUAAACAACCAAGAACUCAUAGCAAGGGAAAGAAGGAUCAAAAUGCCCUUCACACGCAACCCGGAAUUCAAGAAGCGUCUUCUUCAGCUGCCUAUUCGGGUGCCACAGAUUUCUCGAAACUGAUGGAAGGGGUAGUAUUUGUGCUGUCGGGGUUUGUGAAUCCCGAGCGAGGUGUUUUGCGAUCACAAAUGUUGGAAAUGGGAGCAGAAUAUCAGCCUGAUUGGAACUCGAAAUGCACUCUCUUGAUAUGUGCAUUUCCCAACACGCCUAAGUUCCGCCAAGUUGAGGCUGAUUGUGGAACCAUAGUUUCCAAGGAUUGGGUAUCACUGUGUUACAAUGAGAGAAAACUUGUUGAUAUGGAAACAUAUCUUCUGCAUGCUGGUAAACCAUGGAAGAGACAGGGAGUUCCCGAUGAAGCUCGGCAAGAUACUAGACAAUCUGCAUCUAGAAAAUCUACGAUACCAGAAGGGAAGAAACUACAUUCAAAGCCAAUAACUUCUGCUUCAUCCAAGAUCACAGAUUGUUUUCCUCCUUUGAAAGUGAAGAAAUGGGCUAUUGAGGAUUUAACAAAAACAAUAACAUGGCUGGAAAAUCAAGAAGAAAAGCCAGAGCUGAGUGAAAUAAAGAAAAUAGCUAGUGAAGGGAUCCUAACAUGUUUACAGGAUGCUAUAGAGUCUCUCGAGCAAGGACAGGAUAUCCAGCAUUUAGCCGAGCAAUGGGCAUGCAUUCCUCGGGUGGUUGAAGAACUAGCCAAGUUUGAUGGCAAUGGUAGUGAUCAGGAUUCACGUCAUAAGGAAGAUUUGAAGAAACGGGCAAUCUCUUGUAAACAAAUUUACGGGCUGGAAUAUAGCAAAAUGGACGAUGAUAUAACUAUAAAGAAGAAAGCAUCAAAAACUAAGGGAAGUGAAAUUGGCAAUAGGAAGAAGACUCUGGCCAGGGAUGAUACAGCUUAUGAUAGUGAUGAAACAGUAGAAAUGACAGAAGAAGAAAUAGACGAAGCUUAUAAUACCGUUGCUCGUGUCUUUGCAAAUGCCAAGGGAGUCUCGCCGUAG